AGGCGGGGCUUCGCUUCGUGUUUAGUGGGUGUGUGAAGUGUUGUCUUUUCCUCUCAUUCGUUGCGACGUUUUAUUAGUGUUGCAAGAUGGCGACGGUGCAUCUGAGAAUCGGAGAUCUAGUAUGGGGGAAACUUGGCCGCUAUCCACCAUGGCCAGGAAAGAUUGUGAGCCCGCCCAAGGACCUGAAAAAGCCACGGGGCAAAAAAUGCCACUUUGUGAAAUUCUUUGGAACUGAAGACCAUGCUUGGAUCAAAGUGGAGCAGCUGAAGCCCUACCAUCCUCAUAAAGAGGAAAUGAUCAAGAUAAAUAAAGGCAAACGCUUCCAGCAGGCUGUCGAUGCAGUGGAAGACUUUCUCAAAAAAUCAAAGGGGAAAGAACAGAACGCUGAAGGUAAAGGAGACUCCAAAGGAAAGAAGACUCCUAAGAAACCACUAAAAAUACUGGAUGAGGACGAUGAGGAUCUCAGUGCCUUGAGGGACCCAUCUGAGAAGGACUUAACUGACUCUGACCCUGAGCCGUCCACUAUUGAGAGGCUGGGGGCUGCAUCUGGAUUCAAAUGGGAAAGCAGUCCUGUGAAGGAUGACCCACAUUUUCAUCAUUUCUUGCUUAGCCAGUCUGAGAAGCCUGCCUCAUCCAUGGAACCGAUAAGCAAGCGUCUAAAAAUUAUUGAAGAGGACACAGCAUCAACAUCCAUUCAAGCGGCAGACAGCACGGCCAUCAAUGGCAGCAUCACACCGACCGAUAAAAGGAUAGGGUUCCUCGGUCUGGGCCUGAUGGGUAGCGGCAUCGUAUCGAACCUGUUGAAAAUGGGUCACGUUGUGACCGUCUGGAACCGCACAGCAGAAAAGUGCGACCUGUUCAUCCAAGAAGGAGCCAGGUUGGGUCGGACUCCCGCAGAAGUGGCUUCAAUGUGUGACAUCACAUUCUCUUGUGUCUCUGACCCAAAAGCUGCCCGAGAUUUGGUUUUGGGUCCCAGUGGAGUGCUGCAGGGAAUCAGGCCGGGCAAAUGCUAUGUCGAGAUGAGUACCGUUGACCCAGAGACUAUUACAGAACUCUCACAGCUGGUCACAUCACGGGGUGGCCGUUUCCUGGAGGCUCCAGUGGCCGGAAGCCAGCAGCUCUCCAAUGACGGGAUGUUGGUCAUCUUGGCAGCCGGGGACCGAACUGUUUAUGAGGACUGCAGCAGCUGCUUUCAAGCUAUGGGCAAGACUUCCUUCUUCUUGGGUGAAGCAGGUAACGCAGCAAGAAUGAUGCUCAUCCUUAACAUGGUGCAGGGCAGCUUCAUGGCCACCAUUGCUGAAGGACUCACUCUGGCUCAGGCGACAGGCCAAUCACAGCAGACCUUCUUGGACAUUCUAUGCCAGGGCCAGAUGGCGAGUACCUUUGUGGACCAGAAAUGUCAAAAUAUUCUACAAGGCAACUUUAAGCCAGACUACUAUUUGAAGCACAUUCAGAAAGAUUUAAGGCUUGCCAUCUCCAUGGGGGAUAUGGCCAACCAUCCUACCCCAAUGGCUGCAGCUGCCAAUGAGGUGUACAAGAGGGCCAAGGCACUGGACCAGUCAGACAAUGAUAUUUCUGCAGUCUACCGAGCCUACAUUCAUUAGAUUGAGGUGUGACUUACUGUCUUGGACCACACAGUCUUUAAUUUUUCUCUCCUCUUGAUGUAACCCGUUUUAUCCUUUUAAUUCUCGUUUUAUUUUACAGCGUUAUCCCCCUUUGUUUUGCGCCCGCUCGGUCGGUUAUAUGCCCACAACUGAUGGGAUUGCAAUUUCUCCACGAUAAGGAAACAUUGAACAUUGCACUGACUUAACCGAGGGGAUGAUGUGUGAUUACCGCUCUUGUACUACUUGCAAGUGGAGGCCAUCUUAACAGACCUCUGACAUCAGACUAGUGGCGAAAGUAACGUGCAUAGGUUGUUUGCGAGGGCGCAUGAUUUGCGGUUAGGUUUUGAAUGCAUCACCCCAAAUAUUUUUAGGUGCAAAUGAGGUCAUUUAAGUUUGUCUAAAGUCUUUUCUUUGAAUAUCUCAAAUUCCAAGAGUGAAACAAGAGAACAUGCCACUGCAUUGCCUUAAUAUAAUACUCCCUGAACACUUUCAUUGGAUUUAUUUAUUUUUAUUUGUGUGGUUUGGUUGUGGCAUAUUUACGUAUAUGACAGACAGUUGAAAUUUUUACAUAGAACUUUAUUGUAUUUCCUAACCACAAUUAGGACAACAGCCUUAAAAUGCAGUAAGAAUUAGACGUUCUCUUCAAUAUUGCUAUUCCUGCAUAUUUUGUUUUGUUUUGGUUUUUAAUUUGGAAUUCUCAGUUAUUUUUCUCUUUUAUUUCAUUUUAUAAAUGUAUAUUAUCCUGGCAUGAGGGGAAUCCACUUUUGAGUUGUAUUUUAAAUGAGAUGGCCCCAAAUGUCAAUCAGGAUUAUUUUUUUUUUGAUUGUUUGGAAGGAAAAAAAAAAUAUUGCCAAUGUUCAGCAAGGCAACAUUGGACAUUGAUUGGGUAAAAAUGAAGAAUCACUUUUAUAUGACUGAGAAUUGUUUCACUGACUGAAAGCUGUAGAAUGAAUAAAAUAUUCUUAGCAGCAAAUUUUCAUUUUCGUUGUUCAGUCACUGGCACCCUUACGUAAAGCAGACACCUAGUUUGGUACGUUUUGUUAUAUUGCAGACUUGGUCAGAGAACCAAAUGCUAAGAUGAAUAGAUGGACACAGCGAUGCCAGGAAGUCAGUUUAGAGAAUUGUUUUCUUGGAUAAAAAUGAGCGCCCUGUUUUUUUGUUGUUGUUUUUGGUGUUUUUUUUUUAUUUUUUUAUCAGCAGAAGAAUCAGGUUUAUCUAUGAAUGACAAUACAGAUUUAAGAUGCAUGCUUAAUAGUCCAACAUACCAUUCAGUAAUUUUUCAACUUGGAAGGUUUUACUUUCCAGAUAAACAGUUUGAGGGUAUUUUAAAAGCCAGAUGUAAAUAGCACCAGGAGUUUGAUUACAAAACAUUUUAUAUCUUCAAUUACUGGCCUAAACAAUUUUGACUCUUUAAAGCCAAUUAACAAUGUUUUGUCCUAAUGCAGAAGUGUAAAUUGAAAAUCUGAUUUAUCAAAUCACAUGCCAAUCAUUUGGAAGCAGUUUAAGGAUGGCAACCUUUGGUGAUUUGGGGGAUAUUUAUGAUUUGUACAUGUGAAAUUAUUAAGGCUUUUGUGCUGUUUAAAUAAAUCCUUUCCUCAUUA